AUGGAUAGGUUAGGCGCGCACCGUAGAAAAAGACACGAGCGCACCAUAAAUUCAUCCAGAUCAACACGACAAAACCUGUCGUCCGCAUGGUUAGAGCGUCGCGUGCACGAGGAAAUCCAAGAGGUUCACAGCGUCAUGGAUCUCCUGGACAACUACCGGUCAGAUGCCACAAUGGAGGAUUCGGACGGAUGUGAUAGCACCAUCGACUCCAAAGCUGGACUCGAUACCCUCAAUGCUAUUCUACCGUCUGAAUCUUCGCACGACCCCUGCUUCGGGCUACAGCAUGCACCCCAUGAAGCAUCAUUCGGGGUUGUGGAAUCGUCAUCAGAAGGUACAGAAGGCUUAUUGCCCCAUGGCGCCCGCAGUUGUGCCGACUAUGUAACUCAGCCUCAGCACAGCAUGUACUCUGCAGGCAUUCCGGCAUUUCCUGACCCGCGUGUCAUGGAAUUGUCAUCAGAUGGUGUGGAUGCUCGCUUCGAUUUACCACUCCAUGGCGCGUCCGAUUCCGUCCAUGAGCCCGCUGCAAAACCCUUCCAGGGAAUUUAUUUCGAGGGAAAUGCUCCAUUGAGUUCUGCAGCCAGACCCGACGCGGAACUGUUUGUCCCCGUUGAGCAGGCCACCUUGGUGGAUGAAAGCACACCCUUGAUUUCAUUCGCUACUUCGAGUGAGGUCGAGCCAUCAAUAUCGGCAGAGAAAGCCCUAAAGAUAGUUCCUAUGUUCCACGACUACACCUCCAGCAUUCCUCUUGGAGAUGUCAUGAUUGAUCCCUUGGAGAUCUUUCAAGGCAAGCUCAUUUUGAAGCCACACAGGUUUACUACUUGUGCAAAGACUCGGUUCGGAAUGGUAUGCAAUCGAAUUUUUAUGGCCAUAGCAGGCCAUUUUAAGUUCGGCUAUCUCAAGGGAGACGCGACGCAACUAGGUUUAGUUGCACGCUUCGAGUAA